AGUUUUCUUUCAUAUCUGAUUUUAUUGUGAGGUGAGCUGGUCUCAUUCCUCAGUAGGAUUGCUGGACACUAUAUUUAAAGGAAGGAUUUACCAACAGUGGGAAUACUUACCUAUUUGUUUCAACGAAAAUCAAGAAAAAUGCCACAAGAAAGAAGCAUCUUCUUGACCGCAUUGGUCGUCAACGCUUUCAUGGUGCUGGUCACCGCGACGAACCCAACGGUUAGAAUGGAACAGAAGAGUGACAUGGAGCUUGAGGACCUACUGGAGAUUGAGUAUCUUUACCCAGUCACAAGAAAUCGCUCUCGACCAAGUCAGACCCAUGUUCAAAAGUACAACAAAUUACCUGAAGUGACUAGAGCAAAAUUUGUACCUUUCACGGCUAAACCAGCCUAUUCCGGUAAAUUCGAGGAGGAUCUGGAAGAGGAAUUCUUAAUACAGGCUGAUCACAACCGGGUGAAGCGUGAAGUGUUUGAAGGCUCAGGCGAGGGCGACACAAAUGAUGUUAUUGCUACACUGAAGUUAGAGGAAAGCUUUCGAAGUGCUUCGGCCAACGAGGCAGCUCGCACGAUUGCCGUGGCCACCCUUCUUCAACAGGAGUUUCAAGAAAAUGACGUGGGAGUUACAUCAACGGAAAUAACUUUAAGAGAAGAAGACGACAAAGCUUCGUACACCAUCACAUGCACCUUCACUGAUCGCAGCGACUUGAGGGGAGUAGCCUACGUUCUCCUUAAGAUUUUUCGACGUGGAAUGUUUGGUACCUUCAACGUUCUCAGGGAAGGAACGAUAAUCAACACGGCUGGUGUAGAAGUUUCUGUUAUUUGUUUCCUGUGCCCUGCUGACCGACCCUGUGUCAAUGGGAGAUGCGGGGCCCCUUCGACUGCCCCGGGAACUGGUCUCUUCCCCUGCGGGUUUUCAGAAGCAGACUCUAAACUGCGUCACAAUCGAUGGGAUACAACCAGUAGUAGUAUAGAAAUACAGGACGGAUUCCCUUUCUUCAACACGCUUGAGAUGUCUAUGUUUGUGGGUGACAAUGGCGGCGUGAGCUUUGGAAGGAAAUACAACCCAUAUUACCUGAUGGAUAUGAGCAAUGCAAAGACCAAGUAUGUGUGUAUCUACUGUGAUGACUUCGACAUCAGAUUCGGCGGGGAUGUCUUCUACCACAUCUAUGUCGCUGGAGACGACAAUGCUAACUUUGUGCUUGACCGGGCGACAAGUGAAGUACGCACGCGGACAUCCUUCGGUGGUUUCAGGGCAUCCUGGGCUAGUGUGAUCACGUGGUCUAGAGUGCCGGAAUUUGUCUCCUACUCUGCCUCAUCUGCUGCUGUCGGGCGCAGCAUCUUCCAGCUGGUGAUGAUUACAGACGGCCAGGUGGGAUUCAUGAUGUAUUUGUUCAGUGAUAUUGGAGCUUCUGACAACUUCCGCAAGCAGGCUGUCCAUGGGUACAGUGACGGUACACAGUUUACCCAGUUAGAAUACUCCAGGAGAGAAAGCGAGACAGCCGGUGCAGCAAACUUUGAGAGGUUUACAAAACCCUUUAUGCACAGCGUCCUUGGCAACUCCAUUGAACAACGUGGAGUCUGGAUGUUUAAAGUGGGAGAGUACGUAGCACCAAGCCCAGAGCGCCUCUGCUACCAGUGGUAUCUGGAAAAUCUUAAUCAGCGGACAUACUUCAGAUCUCGGGCGUCUUUCCUUGGUUCCCAGAAUUGUCCCUGCAGGCGAGAACUGCUGCGUUGGAGCGCAGCAUUUCUUCCGUUACCUUUUUUUUACGGACAGAGCGUGUACUGUGUCGAGAUGCGAGCCACAUUUGCGCUUGACACAUAUGAAUGCUGCUACAACAGGUGGGGCAACUUCAUCAACAGUCUCCCGAACGCAGGAACUUACAACCGCUACAGCAGGAUCCGCGACCCCUCCCGACAUGAGCUACAAGACAGUGGCCCCAAGAACUGGUGCUGUAGACAGUCCAACUUGUGUCCCCUCUUUCAAUCUGUCAGACCUAGGUCAACGUGCCAAUGGAAUAGAUGGCGGGCCAUAUUGAGGUUCAUUUUCGGCGACCCCCACUUCAUGGCAUUGGACGGCACGGUGUUUACUUUCAAUGGUUUAGGGGAGUACAAGCUGAUUGAACUUCAACCAGAAGAUAAUACCUUCACCUUCAAGCUACAGUGCCGAACUGCUCAGGCAGUAAACAGCACGGGGGCAAAGGUCAAUGCCACUCUAUUUUCUGCCUUCGCUGCCGAACAAUCAGGUUCUCUCGGAUCAGCGAAGGUGCACAUUGAACUCAACAACGACAAAACAAGAUUCGUGAUCUACUGUGAUGAUUUGGACAUGACUACCCAAUUCUACGAUGAGGCCAACUUCAGCAGAACAUCGGAUAUUUUUAUCGUCUCUAAACUGAACGACACGAGGGCGGAAUUUUCCUUCCCUAAAAUAGGGGUUGUCGUGACAGUGGCGAUCAUCUCAGGGACUCUGUCACAUUCGGCAGUUCUAGAGGAGAGACACAAGGGCCUACCCAAAGGGCUUCUUGGGAAUUACAAUGAUAUCGACACGGAUGACUUCAUGUCCCCUGAUGGAACACUCUACUCAGCUAAUUCGACAGACAAGCAGCUGUUUGCUUUCGGCCAAUCGUGGGCCCUGACACAACAAUCCGAUUCCGUUCUUCAUUAUUCUCCUGGGCAGAGUAUAUCCACCUUUACCGACAGCAGCUAUACACCUCUGUUUGAGGAAGACAUAUCAAAUGCCGAUCGCCAAGAUGCAAUUGGAAUAUGCGGUGCCGACAACAAACAGUGCAUAUUUGACUACGCACUUACGAAGAACGCAGACCUAGCCAAAGCCGCCACUGAACAGAUACAGGAAGCGAAGUCGGUAACCGAAACCCUAGCCAACAGAAACCCGACGUUGGCGGGAACUGACCAGAUCAACGUGGAACGCGGGCAAAACGUAUCUCUCCAAUUCGUGGGAACUGACGCCGAUAAUGACACUAUAAAUUACAUUAUUAUCGAUCAGCCUACCAACUUCCAACUGAACGCUACUACUGGCUUUGCAACUUGGACACCUGAAAAUAGCGACCCAGCCAUAAUCAGAAUUGCAGCAAAUGAUUCAAAAGAUGCACAGUCGCCCAUACUUGACGUUGUGGUGCGGCUAUGUAUAGGAUGUACUGAUCAUGGAAGGUGUGACUUCACAACGCCAGUUGUCCGACCUGCUUCCCAGAAUGAUACGUAUUUUCAGUUGAUGGCUUGUAAAUGCAAUACAGGCUACUCAGGUGCAGCGUGUGAAAAUGACACGGACGGCUGUGCUGAUCCCGACGCCUGUGGUUUUGGACGUACCUGCACUGAUGUAACCGCUUCAGAAGAAGCACGCACUGGUAAUGCAUUCAACUGCUCGGCCUGUCCAGACGGGUACGCCUCGGAACCCGGUGCCGCCGCAAAUGCAGAAUGUAAAAAUAUCAACGAAUGCUUAAACGGAACAGGACCGUGCCCGUCCAAUUCUAAAUGUGAAGACACCGUCGGUUCCUUCAUGUGCAUGUGUGAGAAGGGGUAUAGAGAAGAUAGUUCCAAACUCUGUGUCGACAUCGACGAGUGUAACGAACAAAGCAACGACUGUAUUCAAACAUGCAACAACACCGACGGCGGCUGGCAAUGCGGCUGUUACAAUGGAUACACCCUCAAUGCUGAUAAUAAAACAUGCAACGAAACUGGCGUUGAUUGCCAGACUAUUGGAUGCGAACAUUUCUGUGAUAAUGGCACUUGUAAAUGCAGAACGGGCUAUACACUUCACUCUGAAGGAAAGAACUGCAUAGAUAUCGACGAAUGUGGAAACAACCUGUGCUCCCAGACCUGUAACAACACCGACGGCAGCUACGUCUGCUCCUGCUUCACCGGCUUCAAACUGUCACAAGACAAACAGACCUGCCUCAAAUGUGGGUUUCCGCGUUGGGGCGUUGAAUGUCAGAACACGUGUGAAUGUCAAGGUCGUGCUUCGAGCUGUGACCCUGCACGUGGCUGUGUCUGUAGAGCAGGUUGGACAGGUCCGGCAUGCGACAUGGACGUCGACGAGUGCACCACAACACCGACCAUCUGCGGCGAUAAACAAGUGUGUACUAACACAAAUGGAUCUCAUACAUGCAACUGUCCCACGGGAUAUGAAAAGAAUGGAACCGACUGCAUCGAUAUGGACGAAUGUAUCUCUACCACUGUGACCUGCCCCAACAACACCAAGUGUGAGAACGUCGUUGGCUCAUACGUGUGUAACUGUGAGCUUGGCUACAACAAGGUGAAUGGUGAAUGUGCUGAUAUCGAUGAGUGCAACAACGGCCAGGCUAUGUGUCAACAGGAGUGUAGGAAUGGGGUCGGCAGCUACAACUGCUACUGCAACACCGGUUACACCCUCAACGACGACAGAAAGACUUGUACUAAAGAUCCUGAGCAGACCGACCCCUGUGCGGGACUGACCAAUCUUAACUGUAGCCACUACUGUGAGGUGGUCAGUGACAGCGCUGUCUGUAGAUGUAACCGAGGCUAUUCACUGGGAGUGGAUCGGACAACAUGUGAUGAUAUUAACGAGUGUGCCUCGGCAAGUUUAAACAAGUGUACGGCCACCUGCAAAAACACGAUCGGAAGCUACACCUGUUCUUGUUCAGCUGGUACAAAACUGGACAAUGAUGGCCUCACUUGUGUUGCAUGUGAUGACAAUCACUGGGGUGUGAACUGUGUCAAUGAGUGCGGAUGUGCCCCACUUGGCACACAGACCUGUAACAAGAUCACAGGCUGCAGCUGCAAGAGCGGCUUCACUGGGGACAAAUGCCAGAGCGAUAUAAAUGAAUGUUCCUCUGUUGAAUGCCCGACCAACUCGGACUGCAUUAACGCCCCUGGGUCACACCAAUGCGACUGUCAUACUGGCUACCAGGAUUCAGGGAAGGGCAGCUGUGAGGAUAUCAACGAAUGUUUGAGUACGACUGUGUCAGUGUGCGAUCACGUUUGUAACAACACAAUUGGAAGCUACCUGUGCAGCUGCAACAAAGGAUUCGUGCUGGAGGGCAAGGUCACCUGCAAUGAUAUAGACGAAUGCGCCCGUGGGACCAGCGGUUGUCCGCAAAAGUGUAGAAACACUCUUGGCGGAUAUGCAUGUGAAUGCUACGAUGGCUAUGAGCUUACGCCAAACAGGUUAAAUUGCACGCUGAAACCUGGAGCUACGACUUGCAACAGAACAGACUGCUCCGCCAACGGUGGUUGUCGUGUUGAAGGAGGAGCAGACAUAUGUUUCUGUAACCCAGGAUACCAGCUAAGUGACGCCGACAACACAACCUGUGAUGACAUUAACGAGUGUGCCGUGAAUACAACGUGUUCGCAGAACUGUGCGAACUCACCUGCUGGCACGUACACAUGUUCCUGCUCUGAUGGCUUCCAGUUGGCUGCUGACAUGGCAACUUGUGAAGCAUGCCCUGAAGGCAAGUUUGGCACCAGCUGUGCACAGUCCUGCCUUUGUGACGCCGCCAACACCAUCAGCUGUAACGCAGCUAACGGCAGCUGUAGCUGUAGGACUGGCUGGAAAGGAACGACGUGCACGGAUGACGUAGCAGAAUGUACCGACACCCCUGCCAUCUGCGGCAGCAACGGCGUGUGUAACGAGAGGAACGGUUCCUACGCUUGUACCUGUCUAUCGGGCUUUGUUCGAGUUGCCACAUCCUGUACUCCAUGCACUGGAAGAACGUAUGGAAUGAACUGUGCCAACCCAUGCACGUGUGUGUUCGCCAACACAGCGUCCUGUAACACGGCCAACGGAUCCUGCACGUGCAACACGGGAUGGACCGGCACCAAGUGUGAGACUAAUGUCAACGAGUGUGCAGCCACCCCAUCUGUCUGUACCGGCGCUAAGGAGGCGUGUCGAGACACCGAUGGCGGCUUUGACUGUGAAUGCGAAGCAGGGUUCAAGAAAUCAACCGCCAACCAAUGUGUUGCAUGUACAACGCCCACAUACGGAAACAACUGUGAAAAGACAUGCACGUGUGUGUUUGGUCACACAUCGUCCUGUAACCCUGUCAAUGGAUCAUGCACGUGCAACACGGGAUGGACCGGUACCAACUGUGAGACUAAUGUCAACGAGUGUUCUGCCACCCCAUCUGUCUGUAGCGGCGCUAAUGAGCAGUGCCGUGACACAAACGGCGACUAUGUGUGUGACUGUAAGGCGGGGUAUGGGAAGUCAAGCGGUGGCACCACGUGUUCAGCCGUGGCGGUAUACAUUACUGAGAUCACACUCAACACAAGCCGAUAUGACAGCAUCAUUGACAACCCAACCCAUCCCGCCUACACCAAGCUACAACAAGAUCUUGUCGUCGCGAUUGAUGCUGUCCUCAAGGCUGUCCACAGCACAGCUCACGUGACCAGCAGUGUUGGAACUUUGAGGAAGGGCAGUGUCAUAGUCCUUGCAACACUGAGAGUAAACAACGCAAUGACGAACAACCAACUCGGGGUAUUGGCAGCAUACUUGGAGAAACUGGCGGAGGUUGGGACCAUCACUGUAGAUGGAACAGCCACUCCAGUCAGCAAGGUCGUGUACAAUACUAUGACCAUUGAAGUUAAAGACACUGUGUGCCACGUGUACAACAUGCUGAAGAACCGCUCCAUCGAUACCGGUUGCACCAUCACCAACGGUAUACCUGGCGACGUGGCGCCCAUCGGUGAUUCCGACAAGACUUCUCUCAUAGUGGGUUUGGCUGUACCCUUAUUAAUCAUCUUGAUCCUCCUCAUCAUCUUCAUCGUCUUCAUCUGCUGUAAGAGAAGGCGACAGAGGCACUCUAGACCAGCGUCUGACGACCGUGAUGCCUUCCGAAGUGCAUUCUCGGGUAAUCUACCAACCAAGGGCAGCUUCGGUGCUUCUCGUUACAUGAUGUACUCUCCACACACACUCUCCGAGGCAAGCACCAAUGGCAGCGGUAGCUCUGGUAGACAAUUCCGGCGUCCAAAGCCGCACAAUGAUACACCCUGGUUCAACGAGCGUUUUCAAGGCCUGUCGGAACCAUCGAGACUUGGCUUACAGUCACAACCAGUAGCAGAGGAACCGACGUCAAAUUUCUCUUGGGAAAAUUUAUUCUCUGUUCUUGAACCUCAAAGAAAUGGGCAGUUCGAAAUGCCAAGACCUCAGAUCAACGUUAGGCCCAAAAGGCCAUUUCGGGAUUCAAACGCUUGAAGAAGAUUUCUGUUUGGAUAAUUUAUUAUUUUGGAGUCAGUGUGUGUGCUUUUGACUUUUCUCAUAAUGGGCGAGUCUGCAAUAUUUCCUACUGAGCACAGAUUCUGUGAUUCUUCCAAGGAUGCAAAUGACGAUAAGAUGAAUGUGUUCCUAUAUCGAUGAGGUCUACCUUCUGAAUUCGUGUAUUGGAAAUGGAUACCAAUAGCUGGCCACCCGACUGUGUAUGGAGUAAAAUGGACUGUGGUUCGGCGAUGAUUCCCACUUGGUUUAUGAACCCGCCAACCUCAAAAUGCAACAAAUGUGGUUAAAAUUAACAUUUAACUUUUUCUUCCGGCUUCGUGUUUAUAUAUUUCAAUAAUAAAAACGUAGGCCAAAUGAGGAAUUGAUCUUUUAUUUGACAAAAAAUAUGUUUGUUUUUUAUUAUUUCAUCCAACCAACAAUUAUAUAAUGAAAUCAUUUGAAACAUUUUGAUUUUACUCCAGUUUUAAUUUCAACCACUGACGUAACGGGUUAGAAUGAAAAUCCGUGAUCACAAUAUAUAUUUGAACAUGCCUUAUAAGCUGUAUACACACCUGGGAUUGCAGGUUCGUUGUAUUUUGGUAUAUAUAGUGUUUGAAACAAUGAUUAUCCAAUCCAGAACAUUCCCAUGGUGGCAAGUUACGUUUGGGUGUCUGAAUAUUUUACUGUCAUAAUCAUCUAUCUAUACUGAACAAAACAAUAGGCAUCACUGUUUUAAAUUUGAGGGAUAUUUUUAUGACAUUGUGUGCCCAGUCUUCACUCCAAAACAAUCCCCAAGUCAUGAUUCCUUACGUUUUUGUUCGCUAUAUAAACUUCGUGGAUCAUGGAUGUUUUGAUUGCAUAUCAUAUAAUCGCUUAGGAACGUUUAUAUUUCAAUAUUUCCUCUUAAUCUUAUUUCAAUUAGCUUGACAUUUAUCUAUACCACUGAACAUGUUAUUUUUGUGAGCAUGGUUAUAACUAUAUUUUUAAUGUUUUGUAGAAAAUUGAAUUAUAUUAAUUAUAUUGAUGGUAUAUACUAUUCAAAAGGAGUUCGAUUUUGGAAUGUCAGAAGUUCCCUACAUGUGGGCCUGACCAUUUGAUUACUCAUUAUGAAAGAAACAAAUCGUUCUCUGAGCAGCGUUUCAUUCCGAAUUGCACAUAACCGGUGAAGUGCACAAUCUGUUCCGGCUGUUUGUCGUGACUGAAUAUUCGUUGACGUUGAAAUUUCACUCGAAGUUACAAAUGAUCAAAUCCGCGUGAGUGACUCUUCUAAAUGUUUCUCUUGAAGGUCAAGAUUCUCCCACACCCCACGGAGGAUUACACUCAGUCUUUUGUGAACCUAGCACCGUUACUUUGUUUAUUUUAUAUAUAACCUUAUAUAAAAUAGUGUCUCACUCUUCAGCGGUCGUUACAAAUUCAUAUAUACACAUAUACAUGCCAAUAUAGUUGUGUGGAAAAUGGGGCGAGAUAUAGCUUGUUAGUUUAUUUGUGAUAUCAUUAGUCCUGGGUCUCAGGUCCGAUUGUUUAUGUUGAUUUGUUGAUUGCUUGUUGCGGAAAUGUUAUUUUUGUUAUUGAAAUAUGUGUGUGUGUUUUUUUAAACCAAUGUAUAUUUUUAUUCCGCUUUCCCGAAAGACAAAGUGAGCUAUGUCAUCCGUCGUAGUCCUUAAACGUGUUCAAAAUGUAAUGAAAAUUGCGAUAUUUCAAAUGGGGUCUUUGGUUUGACCUACACACUCCGACCGCACCGAAACCCGAAACUUCUUAUUUCCAUUACUCAGUCAUUCACAUUCAAAAUGUUAUGCAAUUUGGUUAAUGUGUAGUUAGUAUUUGGGCUCAAUACAUAUGUUCCGUUUUACGUGAUUUUUAUACUUUUUUUUACCUUUAUUUGACCUUUACACCUUGACCAUAUUAUUACAUUCUCUCAAAAUACAAUGGUUCGUACUUGUAACCAUAAUAUCUCAAAAUCAAAGACACUGACACUACUCAUACUUGUUCCAACCAGUUGUGACACCUGAAUUUGUUCUACAGGUUUAAAUCCGAUUUUGCAGUACAGCCGACGCGGCUGCCAAAUUGACAAUUCUAUUUAUGGCUAAAUUUAACUUCUUAAAUUCUCUCAAAGGUUUGCUCUGUAAACGUAUUCUACCCUGAAUAUGCCGAAUUAACCCGACACAGGGAACUGGCGUGUAUGUUUCUCAUUUUGAUGACGUCGAUCUUUGUUGAAAUUAUUAGAUUCGCUAGUUUUGUUAGUUUUCAGUCUUCAGUAUUCACGGAAAAUGUAUUUGAAUAUCAAUCCUGAUAACUUCUUAUGUCAAGUGAGUGUCCUUAAUACCAUUUCAAAGUGUUCACUAUAUAUCUAUGUGAGCUACAGUGCCGUUGCACUAUUUGUUUGUUUUAGUGGUCAAGAUUGUUUUAGUGGUCAAGUAUUCAAGAUUUAUUAAGAUGUUGUGCUGUUUGGGCAGCUAAUACCUGAACUGUCGCAGUUGCGAUCUGAGCAUUCUUGGCUAUCCGUGUUAAAAGCGGUUAUAUCCUUCUCACUUUUUUAAAUUCCAAAUCGUUGUGAAAAAAAUGUUGGUAUUUCAGUUUUAGUAUUAGUUUAAAGAGUCCUCGAUUAUUGUUUGUUAUCGAAAAUAUUUUUAACUAGAGCAAAUAAAAACAUUUUGAACAUAAUUAUUUGUUUUCCUUCAAAUUAUUUCUUUAAAUUUGCUCACCGACCGAAUGCUCUUAAUCAGACCCCCUUGUAGCAGCAAUCUCUUUGUAUUUUGUACAAAUAUUUGUAUUUAAUUUCUUCUAUUUAAUAAUGUCAUGGCAUUACGAUGUUUGGAAUUAAGAUUUUGAAAUUAAUAGCCCUCCAAACAUUCCUUAUAGUAGCCAUCCAAAUCAUGAAAAUACACACAUGUUUGACAUGGAAUAAUUCUACUACAGGAAGAACGAUUUGUUUCUAAUUGUAAGAAACCUGCACUAUAUAAAUAGCAUGUUCAGAUACUAUUCGUUUUAACGUCAGUACUGCAUGAACGAAUCUUGAUGUCUCAUGGUAGCGCAUAAAAGGGGCAUUGCUCAGAAACUCUUUUCGCCAUUUUCAGGCAUGGUUUUAAACUCUUUUUAACAGAUCCUUGCACGAAACAGUACAUCUGACAUUUGUGUUAAUUACAAUAGGGAUGUGCUUAAAAUAAUGAGUUUGCAAACAAAUAAAGUAGUGUUUGAACAAUUUGUAUAUAUCAAGAGGGGCUACCGAGCCCAGUCCCCCUUUAAGGUCUUGAAACACACACAAAACAGUCUUUUCCAUGAAAAAAAAUAAUCCGUUGUUUAAGGGAGCAAAUCAACAUUAUUCCGGCUAAAUGAGGGCAUCAUACCCAGUUAUCAUAUCCAUUAAUAUCUGUUUUAUUCUGUUGUACACAUGUAUUUGUACCGGUUAUUAUAAAUUAAACAGAGGGACGUAUUGUGGUUUUUAUUUGUGUACCAUUUUAUGUGUGGGUUAGCUCGGAAAUAAAGCCAUGCAGUAACUGUUA